AUGUCAACUGAUGGGGACUGGGAUGAGAACUCUGAGGCAUCGAAUACAUAUAGUGUGCCUACUGCCCUUCACAGCAGCUUGCAUGCUGACACCAGUACCAAGGCAGAGAGUGCUAGUGCCUUCAGUGAGGUUGAAGGUGUGGGAGAGGAUCCCAGAGUGGCAGAGCUGGACAAUUGCAGAGAUUGGACUAUAGGCGAGCCACGACCCAUGUGCGAGACUGCAAUACGGAAGGUCUGCAGUGCGCGAGGUCAAUACGAGACACCUCAUCUCAAUGACUGUCUCUAUCUUCAAAUGUGUGGUUUCACCUCUAUCGGUGGGCUGCAGGCGUACUCAGGCAUUCACUCGUUAUUCCUCAUGAGUAACCAACUUCAUCGCAUCGAAGGGCUAGAUUGUCUCUGCCGUUUAAGGAUGCUUUACCUCAACAGCAAUGGACUCACUCAUAUCGAAGGCCUUCAGCACUGCAAAAACUUGGAGUAUUUAAAUAUCAGCAACAACCGUAUUCGUACUGUGAUGAACCUCGAAGAGCUCACCAGUUUGAAGACUCUCAUCGUCGCCAACAAUCAUAUAUGCAACAUUGCAUCUGACCUCAGCCCUGGAAUUUCGCAAAUACCAUGGCUCCUGAGCCUUGAUGUAAGCUACAAUCUGUUGGAGGCAUCACCCACAGAGGGAACGGAGAACGGAACGGAGUUGAUCAGUUUUCUGCAGAGUUGUUGUCCGAAACUGAACGACUUCUAUGCAUACGCUGUACCUUCCCUCACAUACAUCGAUAAGAGUCCUGUCAGUAGAGAGGAGAGGGCGGGCGCUGAAGCCUUCGUGAAGGGUGGGACCAACGCAGAGAUCAGUGCCAGAAAAGCAUACUUGGAGGAGAAAAGAAACGCCAUGGCUCAGCUGGUCACGGGCUUACGGCAAAUACAACGUCAAAGGCGAGAAGAGCUCAACUUGCCCGAACCGGAUCCUUACUCGACUGUUGAUGAGUGUAAUGAUGGAGACGAUGCUCCCAGCGAGGCCCAGGAAUGGCUGGGAUCAAAGGGGGAUGUAGUUUUCGAAGAAAAGCCUCGCGACCUGCACUUCGACCCGCCACCAAGGGUUGACGACGCAAACAACGGAAAUGCCGAGAGCGAAGACUGUGCGGUUGUCUGUGGACGUGAUUCGGUUGAAAGGGACGACACGAGGGAUCGAGUCAAUGCGGAGGGAUUGGAGACAGUCAAGAAGGGACUAAAGGCGGAGAUGAAGGAAUACCUCCGAGCUCUACGUGAGCAGACACAUAUGGCAUGA